UGUAGGUCGCUGAUAAUUUUGCUAAACCGUGAAAUGCCUAACUUGUGGCAGUUUUUGUCGAUUUUUUUGGUGUUCAGUAGUGUUUACGCCAAACAUUGUACAAUUAGGAUGCCAAGGGAUGCGCCGCAACCGACACCUAUUAUUUUGACGAGUGCUGGAUUAUUCAGACCUACUAGCGCAGACACUACAAUUACGGAGUAUGAUAAUAUAACACUGCUUUGUACGGGAAAUAACAAUGAAGUGCUUGCUCUAAAUCAAGCGAUAGUCACAUUGGUUUGUGAAAAUGGCAACUUUCUCCAUAAUAAUAAGACAUAUGCGUUACAAGGUCUGAAAUGUAAUUCGGUACCGACCACUCAGCUAUGGCAAACAAACACUAUUUGCGCUGCAGGCCAUGGUGUAUUUUAUGAAGUGGGAAUUAACUACAACAACUGGCAUACCAUUUUCAAAAUUUGCUUCAAUCAAGACACACAGCGCACGAUUUACUCACGUAAUUUGAUUAAUGGCUAUAUGCAAAAAUAUCGAGAGAAGCAAAACUGUCGUCCAUCUUUUAGAAGUGGAGGUAUGAGAAGUAAUCUGAAUGAUUUACUUGUAUAUACACAGAAAAAUCAACGAGAACGUUUCACAGCGCUUUUUGGUGCCAACCAAAACUUCAUCGAUGAGACCAGUUACCUUGCACGCGGUCAUAUCGCACCAUUUGCGGAUUUCAUAUUUUGUUACGAACAGUAUGCCACUUUCAAUUACGCGAACGUUGCUCCCAAGUGGCAAGCUGUGAAUGCCGGGAAUUGGGUACGCGUGGAAAACGCUGUGCGCAAGAUCGCCUCUUCGAAGCAAUCCGAUUUAUUGGUAUUUACCGGUACUUUAGGCGUAUUAGAACUGCGAAAUCCACUGACUUCUCGGAAUACUAGCAUAUAUUUGGGUGAAAAUCAAAAGAUUGCUGUGCCAAAAUGGUUCUAUAAGGUGGUGAUGCAUCCUACUUUCGCGAUUGAUAUCGUCUUUGUCACGCUGAAUAAUCCGUUUGACGAUGAAAAAGGAGUGUUUUGUAACAAUAUUUGUAACCAAAUUUGUAAAGAGCAUAGCUUCGACUGUACUAAAUUUAAAGAUACUAAGAAAGGUUAUACGUUUUGUUGUGAGUUGAAGGACUUUUGGGCCACUGCUAUAGGUUUUGGAACCCCUUAUUACAAACUACCAUUUGGCUGGAGUUAUAAGAACUAACUUUUGUUAUAUAAGUAUGUAUUUGUAUUAUAUAUGACUAUAAGUAUGAUAGAAAUAAAUGUUUGAAAUUGAUUCUUGAUUCUUAAUGUA